AUGGUGAAUCUUGUGACUGAUUUGACAUUAAUUCUUACAUAUCAGGUUGACACAUUCUUUGCUGUUGGAUCAGCUCUUGGUGAGAAGGGCAAAGAUUAUAUGGAUGAAGAAAAUAUAAUUGAAGAGAUGCUGGUUUGUCGUCAAAUGUUCAACAUUUUUCACCCAUAUGAUCCUGUAGCAUAUAGAGUAGAACCACUUGUUUGUAAAGAGUUCCUCACCGUACGUCCAGUUAUUAUCCCUUACCAUAGAGGUGGAAAGAGGCUGCAUAUAUGGGUUCCAGGAAUUUACUUAAGAUGUAGCUGCUCGUUCUCAGGCAAUAGUGGACCAAUUCAACUCUGUAAGGGUGGGUUCUGAUACUAUUCAUUGUUAGUUUCU